GAGAAAAUAAUUGGUUUGGAUAAGGAGAGUCAAAGAUGGAGCUGCUGUAUCUCCUGUGCUCCAUCAUCUCCACCACCAUCACCUCCCUCCUGCUGUCCCUCCUCCUCCCCUUCCGCCGCUUCUCUACCGCAGAUGCCUUGCUCAAUCGCCGCAACUCCGUUUCUCUCUACCAAGGCACCGUCUUCCACGAGCGCCGCCGCCCCGUGCACCACUCCUUCCGCUACUCCGUCCGCUAUGCCCUUAUCGACCUCGACAAUGCGCCGCAUCCACCGCCCAAUCACCUCUCCGCCGAGGAAGCACGUUCCGCUUCCCACACCAACGGACCGGUUUUUCUGUUGACUAUACCUCCAAGCGUGGGAUAUGAGCAAAAUCCCUUGAGUGUGUAUUAUUGCUAUGAUGUUGAAGGCGAAACGAAAACUCUCACAAAAUGCAUUGCUGAGGUUACUAAUACUCCUUGGGGUGAAAGAGUGACAUUUCUAUUCAAUCCAAACUCGGAUUUAGUUGCCAAGCCUCUUCAUGUCAGCCCUUUCAUGGACAUGAUGGGGAAGUGGAGCUUGAGAACAAACGACCCUGCUGAUAAUCUCCAUAUAGUUAUAUCGGUACAGCACCCCGAACUUGGUAACUACUUCACUGCAUCAUUGACAGCCAAAAGAGUGGCAUCUUCAGCAUCAGACAAUCACUCGUGGUUCUUCUGGUUGAUGCCCCAUAAAGUCGCGUUAUGGAUAUAUUGGCAUGCUCUCAAGCUUUGGUGGAAAAACGUAGCAUUUGUACAGCACCCGAGAUAUCAAAAUUCAACCUAUCGAGAAGAUGCUUCUCAAAUUCUGAUUUCAUUGUGUUUAUUGUGUAGGUCAGUAAGCUCAUAG